AUGUCCCGUCCUGAAGACCUUGCACCACCAGAAUAUUUUUACAAUGAUUCAGAAUCCAAAAAAUAUACCUCUUCCACAAGAGUGCAGCAUAUCCAAGCCAAGAUGACCUUACGUGCCCUGGAACUACUAAACAUACCACCAAACAGUUUCAUUCUCGAUAUAGGAUGUGGGUCCGGACUCAGUGGUGAAAUCCUUUCCGAAGAAGGUGAUCAUAUGUGGUGUGGUAUCGAUAUAUCCCCCAGUAUGCUUGCGACUGGUCUAGAGAGAGAAUUGGAGGGUGAUUUGAUGUUACAGGAUAUGGGUGCAGGUAUACCGUUCCGUGCAGGUUCAUUCGAUGCAGCCAUCAGUAUUAGUGCCAUUCAAUGGCUUUGUAAUGCGGAUACAUCCUAUAAUGAUCCUAAGAGAAGAUUAAUGAGAUUUUUCAAUUCUUUAUUUGCCGCUUUGAAGAAAGGUGGGAAAUUCGCUGCACAAUUUUAUCCAAAGGAUGAUGAACAGAUUGAUCAAAUAUUACAGGCUGCUAAGGUGGCAGGGUUCAAUGGUGGGUUGGUCAUUGAUGAUCCAGAAUCUAAGAAAAAUAAGAAAUAUUAUUUGGUUUUGAGUGCUGGUGCUCCAAGAAAUGAUGAUAGACAAGUUAAUUUGGAUGGUGUCACCAUGGAUGCACAAGAAAAUGAUGAUCCAAAUGCCCUAAGAAUGAAAAAACAUAAGAGAGGGAAAGUAAUGGAAUCAUCAAAGGAUUACAUUCAAAGGAAGAAAGAUUUAAUGAAGAGACGUGGUAGGAAAGUGGCCAAGGAUUCUAAAUUUACUGGGAGAAAGAGAAGGCCCAGAUUUUGA